UUACGUCCCCAACGCCUCGAUAUUCUCCCUUUCUCUCUAAAAAAGUCCGGUCCUUUUGCUCAUCAGUUCAGUACUUGAAAGAAGAUAACGCUCCUUAAAUACAGUGAAAAUCUUGUAUUUUUGAGCUGGUUUUGCCUUCAAAAUUGGCUGGAACUGGGGUUUGUCACGCUGGUUUUCGAGGGAGAAACUGCAAAGGAAAGGUUUGGGCUUUUGAUCCUGGGUUUUUCGCGCCCUAGUUUUGCGUAAAUGGUUGGAAUUAGGGCUAGCUGGGAUCAAAAUGCUAUGUUCCAGCAUUGAUGCCCUCUUCCAUUUCUCUCCUAUGAAAAACACAAUUUAGAGAUAAACCCUAUGGCCUCUUCCUUGCAUGAAGUGGCCCCUCACCCCAACUUCUCCCACAUUUUAUCAAACACCAAUUGGGAAGAAGUGACCUGUCCCAUCUGCCUUGAUUUCCCUCACAAUGGAGUACUCUUUCAAUGCUCCUCCUACGAAAAGGGGUGCCGCCCCUUUGUUUGCGACACCAAUUAUACACACUCAAACUGUUUCAACCGAUUCAUGAAUGCAUACCAGGUAUCCUCAAACCCCACUCAAUCUGAAAACGUUAGUGGGACCCUCAACUUGAUAUCUCCAGGUUCUGAGGAACACCCAGUUUGCCCACUAUGUAGAGGACAAGUUUCAGGUUGGGUUGUUAUUGAUUCAGCUCGGACUGAGCUUAAUGCUAGAAAAAGGCGUUGUGAAGAGGAGAAAUGCUUGUUUCUUGGGAAUUAUACUGAACUUUCGGAGCAUAUGAAGCUUGAGCACCCUCAUGCUCGACCAUUAGAGAUAGACCCUGCUCGCCGUCUCGAUUGGGAAAAUUUGCAACAAAGUUCAGAGAUCAUUGAUGUAUUGAACACCAUACACUCAGAGGUUCCACAUGGGGUGGUUCUCGGAGACUAUGUUAUCGAAUAUGCAAGUGUUGAGGCUGGUGAUGAUUAUGAUGAUUAUCAUGGAGAAGAGGGGCAUUGGUGGAUAUCUUGCAUUUUUGACCCAAUUUUGAAUUUAAGGGCGACGAGAAAUAGGAGGAGGGGGCGCAGGCAUUCAGACCCUGGUGAUGCUUCAAGUGUUGCAGGGGGUUCUAGUGACAUUGGUGGGUAUGGAUUGGAUGAAACAGAUGAUGAAUACAUGGCUUCUUUUAGUUCUAGGAGGUAUAACAGUUCUCGAAGGUCAGUUGCCAGACUCCUUUUCCUUUGUUUCUUCUUCUUUUGUAUUUUUUUGGAGCACAAUUCUAUAUUAUUGGGAAGUAAACUAUGGUCUAGUAGACUGUGGAAACCAUGGUCCAUUGGAUCAUGAGUAUUUGACGGCAUGGGUGACAAUGGAGAAAGUGGAACCGACUGGAAUUGUACAACCCCGUUAGUGGGUCCCACUUUCUCUCCAUCACCACCAUUAUUUCAUUUGAGAGUGAUGAUGGUUUUCUAUACUAUUCUGGAAUAUGGUAUAAUUUUUUAUUUCUGUGUUAAUUUCUUUGUUUCUUCUUCUUUUGUAUCUUUUCGGUAGAACACAAUUCUAUAUUAUUGGGAAGGAUACUAUGGUCUAGUAGACUGUGGAAACCAUGGUCCAUUGGAUCAUGACUAUUUGAAGGCAUGGGCUGCAAUGGAGAAAGUGGAACCAACUGGAAUUGUACAACCCCAUUAGUGGGUGCCACUUUCUCUCCAUCAACACCAUUAUUUCACUUGACAAUGAUGAUGGUUUUCUAUGCUCCACUUGAAUAUGGUAUACUUUUUUAUGUGAGUCACACCCCACGUU